AUGCCCGAGAAGCAUGUUCGCUUCCAAGAAAGCCAUGCGACCACGUACGGCUUUCCCCCGGAGGCCUACGACCCCUCCAGGCUGCCGGACAUCGAUACAGAGUUCAUCAGCAAGGCCGACCUAGAAGCCUUUGACAGGGCGCUCCAUGCGCCGGAUCACCUCCACAGCCCUAUCGAUGAAUCUGGGGUGAGGUCGCCCAACUCGUGCGCCUCUCCAAGCUUCACGAAGCGAGACUCGCAGGUUGGAAGCGCCUUUGAGGAGGAAAUUGCCGCCGUCGCAUCGGGUGGGGCCGCCGCAGGGACAGAGGUUUUGACGCACGCAACUCCCACGUUUAUCACUGCGCAGAACGACUGGGCUCCGGUGAAUCCAAAGGUCUACCGCGAUCAAAAGGGGACCAAGGGGACCAAGAGGCGGCGGAGGCGCAACAAGACCGUCGAGGGCCUGCUGGGGACGCGCACCAAGGACGAGACCCGGGAAGGGUACUUUUACCAGCUCCUGAAGUGGCCCCUUUUGUUCUUCGUGAUCGCCUGGCUGGGAGGGCUGAGCAUCGCCUACCUUUCUACGAGAUGGUACAUCUGGGCGUACGAGCAGUUCUUCACCUGGCGUGGCCAGCGGCAGAGGCUGCGCUCGAAUAUGAGGGAGACGUCCAACUACCGUGACUGGGUGGAUGCUGCCAAGGAACUGGACCUGUAUCUGGGCAGGCUAACCUGGAAAGAAGAGAAUGACUUUGCGUACUAUGACUCCAAGACGGUGCGCAGAGCAUGGGAUCAGAUGAGGAAGGCCAGGCAGGCAGCUGAGUCGUUCGAAAACAAGGACGAGGGAGAUGGGGGACAAAAGGCCCGCGAGCUGAGGGCGCUGAUUGAGGUAUGCGUCAAGAAUAACUUUGUUGGCGUUGAGAAUGCCCGGUUGUAUAGCCAGACCUACUACGGAACCAAGAACCUGGUCCAGAAUUUCGUUGAUGAAGCUGAGAAGAGUCUGAAAUUCCUCGCCAACACUACACAACUCACCAAGGACGAGAAGCGGGUACUCUUCAAACACGUCAAUGCCAACUAUGGACGGACUGCUCUCUGCCUCUCUGGCGGAGCCGCCUUUGCCUACUACCACAUUGGUGUUGUACGAGGCCUCUUGGAUCAAGGCCUUUUGCCAGAUGUUAUAACCGGCACAAGUGGUGGGGCCCUCAUUGCUGCAUUGGUCGCAACAAGGACAAACGAGGAACUUGACCAGCUGCUGGUACCCGCAUUGGCCGCGAAGAUCACUGCGUGUUGCGAAUCGUUCACGACUUGGGUGCCCCGAUGGUGGAAAACUGGUGCAAGAUUCGACUCGAUGGACUGGGCAAAACGAUGUGGGUGGUGGUCGCGAGGAUCCAUGACCUUCCGAGAGGCGUAUGAACGAACUGGGCGAAUAUUGAACGUCAGCUGCGUUCCUGCGGAUCCUCACUCCCCGACCAUCCUCUGCAACUAUCUCACUUCUCCGGACUGUGUGAUUUGGUCGGCUGUGCUCGCCUCCGCCGCCGUUCCAGGCAUUCUUAAUCCCGUGGUGCUCAUGAUGAAACUGGCAGAUGGCACACUCGUCCCAUAUUCGUUUGGACACAAAUGGAAGGACGGCAGUCUGCGGACCGAUAUCCCCAUCAAGGCCCUCAACACCCACUUCAAUGUCAACUUUACCAUCGUGAGCCAGGUGAACCCUCACAUUAACCUCUUCUUCUUCUCCUCAAGGGGUUCUGUCGGACACCCCGUCACGCACCGGAAAGGACGUGGCUGGCGAGGAGGUUACAUCAUGUCCGCGGUUGAGCACUACCUCAAGCUCGACAUGAACAAGUGGCUCAAGUUUGUCCGCCACGCAGAGCUCCUCCCACGACCCCUGGGCCAGGACUGGAGCCAGCUGUGGCUGCAGCAGUUUAGCGGAACCAUCACGAUCUGGCCGAAAUCGAUCCCGUCCGACUUUAUCCAUAUCCUAUCCGACCCUGAUGCGACGCGUCUUGCCCGGAUGAUUCACGAAGGGAAACAGAGUGUAUUCCCGAAACUCAAGUUUAUCGGCAACCGACUCAAGCUUGAGAGGCUGGUGGAGCAAGGUAGGCAGGAGACACGACCAUGGACGAGAAGUGGCAGUUUGCACACGGUUAUUAGUGAGGAAAAUCUAAAGGGCCUGCUUGAGGGCGAAUCACUGCCCGGAAGCGCAACGGAAGAAGAUACAGACGUGGAAGAGACUGGAUCCAUCGGUAAGAUAAGGGAGCAGCUCGGGAUGACGGGGCUGGAGGAGGACGAGACGGAGAACUCGCUUGGAGAGACGGAGGACGAGUCGGUAAAUUUUGACACUCAGGAUGCUGAGAAGAUCAGGAUUCUAGCUUCCUCUUGA